AUGUGCCUCGAGGCGGGCUGCCAGAGCGGCCAGGCGGCGCUGCUGCAGUGCACUGGCAGGCUGCUGCUCGCGCGCGGGAAGCCCGCCCAGGCGCUGCAGGCCGCGGAGGAGGCGCUGCGGCUGCGCCGCGCGGCCGGCGCCUGCGCCGGUGAGGAGGCGGCGGCGAUGCGCCUCGUGGCGCGGGCUUCCCUGGCGCAGGACGCUCGGGCUUCUCGGCUGGCGUGCGGCAUGGCAGCCUCGGACUGCGACAUCGAUUCGGUACUGGAUCAGUGCCAGGCCCGAAGUGGCGGCUGCGGCACGCUGAUAACGUAG